AUGUCAAGUCAUUGUGACAGACGAGGUAAACGCUGCAUUGCUUUCGGGUGCUGGAACACGAACCUCGACGGUGUUUGGCUCCACGCAUUCCCCCUCGACAGACCGUCUUUGAGCAAACUUUGGACGAAGUUUGUUCAGGUGAAAAGAGCUAAAUGGCAUGGUCCUACAAAGCAUUCCGUGCUUUGCUCAGUCCAUUUCACAGACGAGUGCUACCGGGCAAAAUACAAGUUUACGCGUGCGAUGGGACAAGUUCCGGGAAGGAAAACUUUGCACAAAGAUGCCGUACCAACAAUUCAUACCGGCGUCUUGGCUGAUAGUAUUAGUAACAACACUGAUACAAGUCCAGCGUAUCCAGCUGUGUCAACACAUAAAAGGCCAAGGAUUGCUUUUCUUAAAAGAGAAAAUGCUAGGGUAACUCUGCAGUAUUCGGAGGACACCCAUGACGAUGACACAAGCCACCAAGUACAGGACACUGAUUCUCUUCCUGUCAGCUCUAUUCAGACUUUAACCAAGACUGUUAGAACAUAUGGCACUCAAAUAUCUUACAAGCAGCCUAAUAAGAGAAGUGUGCAUGUACAAGUAAAGCCCUUUGGAUCAAAUAAAGUUUGCCAGACAGAAAUGUUGCAUCCUCCAGAAACAAGAAGUGUUCAAGUACAAUGUGAUCUCCUGAAACCAAACCAAACAAUACAAGAACAACCCCCAGACGAUGAACUUGACACAACUUGGUUCAGAGGCUAA